UAAAAUUAAUGAUUAAUAAAUAUACAAAGUAUGAUUAAUUAUGUAUUUUUUAUUAAAUGAUAACUAAAAUAAUUUAAACUUAGAAUAACAAAAGGUAGUGGCCAAAUUGAACCCAAAAAAACAAUAGAGGCCAAAUUGCAAAAUAUAGUAAAUUUCUGAAACUUAAAUUAAGGACUUGAUUGCAAUUUCCCUAAAAAAGAGUACAUUUGAUUCUUUCUUCAGCCAAUUCCCGGACUAUACUUCCCUCCAUCACCACCUUCACCACCCCCAAUUCCUGGACUACCUCCAUCGCCACCAUCCCUCCGCCAGUUUCUAUAAUUUCCGCCGCCUGAAUCCACACCGCCGUGGCCAAUCCGUCAUCCGCGCCGGGGACCUCGACAAUCACUGCCGCAUGAACCGACAAUCAUCGCAGCAGCAAUUUCUUCAGCAGGAGUAGUAGUAUAAACCUAGGCGAAAAACAUCGCACCAGAAAUCUUUUGCGAAAAAGUUCAAAAGAAUGGCGUUCGCUUCUUCCAGUUCCUCUUCUGGGCAGACGAUCAAUUCAAGCAGUUAUUCUUCAACUCCUCGUGGCACUUCAAUUGAAUGUUCAUCAGUUUUUGCUGAAAAUAUAUCAUCUCCUCUUGGAAGAAGCAAUUCAUCGAGUUUUGAAGGUUUUCCGGCCACAACAAUAUCUCCGGGAAGUACAGUAGAAUCUUAUUCUACAACAGCGGAUAUAGAUGGAAAUGACAGACAAAUGCAGUCUAUAUGUGGAACACGGGAAAUAAAUGGAAAUGACAAACAAAUCCAGUCUAUAUCUGAAACACCGGAAAUAGAUGGAAAUAACAGACAAAUCCAGUCUAUAUCUAAAACAUCGGAAAUAGAUGGAAAUGACGGACUAAUUCAGUCUAUAUCUGAAACAUCGGAAAUAGAUGGAAAUGACAGACAAAUCCAGUCUAUAUCUGAAACACCGGAAAUAGAUGAAGAUAGGUGUAAAAGUCAUGAACGGUUGAGGUUAGAGGAAUGUGAGUUAAAACAGGCAACGGCUGCUACAAAAUCGAAGUCACAUGUCAGUUCAUUUGGCAGCCCGUGUACUAAGCUUGAAGCAUCGACCCCCACAAUCUUUGGUGCCCCAAACACCUCAGGGAUUAGCUUCAAUUCGGCACCAACAGAAUCAGCAAAUGCGCAACCUUUUGCCCCUUUGAGUGGCAGCACUGGUUUUACAUUCCCAACGACACUAGUAUUUGGUACUAAGCUGACUCCUCCAUUGUGGUCAACUCCAGCAUCUGUAGUUCCAAGCACUUCUAGCUCUUCUGCUGCCUCAACUACAACAACUGGAAAUGGUAGCGCAUCUGGAGUUCAGAGUUCUUCUGCUCUUGGGCAGAAGAUUGAGUCGAGCAGUGCUGCCCAUCCAUUCUCUGGUACUUCAUCUGGUUUUGGCACUCCAAUCGAACCUGCAUUUGGUUUUGGCACUCCAAUUGGACGUUCAUCUGGUUUUGGCGGCACUCCAAUUGCACCUUCAUCUGGUUUUGGCGGCACUCGGAUUGCACCUUCAUCUGGUUUUGGCAGCACUCCGAUUGCACCUCCAUCUGAUUUGAGUGCCACUCCAAUUGCACCUUCAUCUGGUUUUGGCGGCACUCGGAUUGCACCUUCAUCUGGUUUUGGCGGCAUUCCGAUUGCACCUUCAUCUGAUUUAAGUGCCACUCCAAUUGCACCUUCAUCUGGUUUUGGCGGCACUCAGGUUGCACCUUCAUCUGGUUUUGGCGGCACUUUGAUUGCACCUUCAUCUGGUUUUGGCUCAACUAGUACAUUAUCUGGGGUUCCUAGUACUUCCAUUUUUGGAGGAUCAACUUCAGCAUCUUCAAGCUUUUCUCCUUUCGGUUCAACUUCAGCAUCUAAAUCUCCCAAAAAAAGAAAAAAAAAGACUCCAUCAUCCAAAAAUACUAGUGCAUUCGGAGCGCUGAGUUCAUCUUCUGGUGUAUUAUCUUCGUCGUGUUUCAAGACUGGUAAUAAUCAAGCAACGCUCCUCGAAUCUACAUGGAAUUCACUGUUUCCUCCUGCACCACAACUCUUUGCUACUAAUAGCAGUACUCAAUUAUUCUCUUCCUCCAAUCUAUUUUCAUCUCAAUCUUCACCAAGUCCGUUAUGGUCAACUCCAGCAUCUUCAAGCUUUACUCCUUUCGGUUCAACUUCAGCAUCCGAAAAUACUAGUGCAUUUGGAGUGCAGAAUUCAUCUUCUGCUUGGUUCAAGAAUUCACCGUUUGGUAAUAUCUUCCGUGUUCCACCAUUAUCGAACCAAUCUACUUUAAAUUCACCGUUUCAUCCCAAACCACUUUCCAAUACAACAGCUUCAGUACUUUUCCAAAAGCCUGGACAAACUACUAACAGUCUUAGUCAACCAUCACAAGCUUCAAACGGCUCGACAAUGUUCAAGGAGGUUUCCAAGCAGGGUAUUAUUGAGGGACAACAACAGCAGUCGGCGAAUCCUUUUGACAUACAAUAUGAAAUUGAUGGACCCAAUACAGUAAUUACAAUACAACAUGGAACAUCUAGCAUUCAAAUUUCAGGAGAAAUUUCAUCCGUAACUGUCCGACCAGUGUCCUCAAGGCACAACAGUGAGUCUAAGGAAAAAGACAGUCCAAAGGGUCAAACAAAAACUUCGAACGGAACGAGUACUAAGCCAGAAAACGACUCAAAGCAGAAUUCAGAGUUUGAUAUAAAUGUUGGUUUAUCUGAUUGCCCAAUGUGGUUCUGUAGCCUGUGUAACAGUAAGGCCACAAGUAAGCAAGCCUUGCUCCACCAUGCUAAUGGAAAAAAACACAGGGCAAAAGCAAGAGCAUUCCAUGAAUCAAAACAGCAGCCUAAUGGUGCUGCAGAAAACGAUACAACAAGUGAAAUCCCUGCAAAUAAUGACGGCCCCGAAGUGGGAAAUAAUGCUUUGGCAUCAAACAAGAAAAGAAAAGCAAAUAAUGCUUCGGCAUCAAACAAGAAACGUAAAGCCGAGGCUUCUGAUAAGGAUGGCGCUCACCACCUGACUGGAGAAGGCAAAGCUUCUCCUAGUGCUUCCUUCAAAAUCAACGUUAAUGAAACGGAGGUGAGUGAUGAUACUUCCCUCCAAGAUGAAGAUGAUGACGAAGUAUUAAAGAAAUGCAAGGCUGAUGUUUUAGCACUAAUACCAAAGUUACCAAACGGUGGUGAUUAUUACACGGAACCUUGUAUAAAGGAUCUGGCAGCAAAGGAAACAUCUAAACCGGGAUUCUGCAGCCGAGUGAAGGACUUUGUAGUGGGGAGAAAAGGGUACGGGAGCAUCAAAUUUCUUGGAGAAACGGAUAUUCGAAAUCUUGAUAUUGAAUCUGUUAUCCAUUUCAACAAUCGGGAAGUGAUAGUUUAUCCGGACAGUACAAAGAAGCCGCCAGCCGGACAAAGCCUCAAUAAACCAGCAGAGGUAACUCUACUGAAUGUGAAAUGCAUUAUUAAAAAUACGGGAGAAGAGUACGUUGAUGGUGUUGAAGUUCAAAGUUACAAAGCGAUGCUGGUAAAGAAGGCCUCUGAAAACGGGGCUGAGUUUGUUUCAUAUGAUCCAGUUCUAGGGGAGUGGAAAUUCAGAGUUCAGCACUUCUAAUUACGAGUUUUUUUUUUUCCUUGUCCGAUGAUUUGUCUUGUACUAAUCCAGCAUUAACUAUAAUCUUGAAUAUUUCUUGACAUACUCGAAUAACUAUGAUGUUCGAAUAUGAAGACUCUUCUAUUGGAAAUUUAUGCUGCCAAGAAAAAAAUUGUGGCAUAAUUUGGCAGCUUCCUUA